CUAAAACGUAAUAUGUGGCAGAUUUCUGCCUAAACUUUCAUUUGUUUUCUUCUUUUUGUUUGUGCACUGAAGAGAGCACACAAAUAUCGGUAAAAUUGUAAAUUAAUUGAGGAGAGAGAAAAAGAGAGAGCACAGAAUCUGUAAAUGGUUUAAACGAAUUGCCCAGAAUCCAGGAAACCCUGAAUGAAAAAAAAAGAGGAAAAUUUCUCGGGGUGGUGAAAAUUAACUUUUAUUUUUAUUUUUGGCAAAUCUCAAUCUAUUUCAUGUGCUAGCUAAGGUUGUCUCACUUUCCUCUUAUGAGUCAUGAGUUUCUUGUCUUCAUCUUUCUCUUAAAUAAAAAGUUCCUUUGUCUCUUCAAUCUCCAGUUGAAAUCUGUCCACUUUUAAGUUUCUCUUAUAAACUCAACCAUACCUUUCUCUCUUCAAAGCUUUUCUGAUUUGGGAGAUCAAGCAAAGCUAUUACGUUGUGUGUUCCGUCGUCAAUGGACAAAGCUUCUCCUGCAGUAGCUGUACCAUUCAGACCGUUCCCAGAACCCGGAAUCAGAAGCUACUGCAGCACUUCUUUGCCUGAAAGUUCGUGUUCCGGUGAGGAAUCAAUCAUCAACAACAUGAGGAGGCAGCAGGACACGUCAUCAUCAUCAUCUGCUGCUGCACGUGUAGCCGACGUGAUCGCGGAUAUCUCAGCGGGGGAAGAAAUCAACGGCUCAGAUGAGUUUGAUCCGAGAUCAUCGACGGCGGCUCGGAGGAGCGAGAAGAAAGUGCUGAGCAGGACAGAGAGCAGGAGCCUGUUCGAGUUCAAGAGCGUGCCUCUGUACGGAGUGACUUCGAUCUGCGGAAGACGCCCCGAGAUGGAAGAUUCCGUCUCGGCGAUUCCUAGAUUCCUCCAAGUCUCGCUGCUCGAUUGCGGUCGAGUCGCCAACGGGCUGAAUCCUCACUCCAGUGCUCACUUCUUCGGUGUUUAUGACGGACACGGCGGUUCUCAGGUGGCGGAUUAUUGCCGAGAGAGGAUGCAUUUGGCUUUGACGGAGGAGAUUUUGAAGGAGAAGCCCGAGUUUUGCGACGGUGACACGUGGCAGGAGAAGUGGAAGAGAGCUUUGUUCAACGCUUUUAUGAGAGUUGACUCAGAGCUCGGCUUUGUCCCCGAGACGGUGGGGUCCACUUCGGUGGUCGCGGUUGUCUUUCCGACGCAUAUCUUCGUCUCUAACUGCGGAGACUCCAGAGCGGUUCUGUGCCGCGGCAAAACGCCACUCGCGUUAUCCGUCGAUCACAAACCGGAUAGAGAAGAUGAAGCAGCUAGGAUAGAAGCAGCUGGUGGGAAAGUAAUCCAGUGGAACGGGGCUCGUGUUUUCGGUGUACUCGCCAUGUCAAGAUCUAUUGGCGAUAAAUACCUAAAACCAUCGGUGAUCCCUGAUCCGGAUGUGACUUCAAUCCGGCGAGUCAAAGAAGACGACUGUCUCAUCUUAGCAAGUGAUGGUCUUUGGGACGUGAUGACUAACGAAGAAGUGUGUGAUAUGGCUCGGAAACGGAUCUUGUUAUGGCACAAGAAGAACGCCAUGGCAGGAGAUGCUUUGCUUCCCGCGGAGAAAAGAGGAGAAGGGAAAGACCCGGCGGCAAUGUCGGCGGCAGAGUAUUUGUCGAAGAUGGCUUUGCAAAGAGGAAGCAAAGACAACAUAAGUGUAAUAGUGGUUGAUUUGAAGGGAAUAAGGAAAUUCAAGAGCAAAGCCUUGAAUUGAGUAAGAAGGUUUGGAAGAAAUAAAAGAAAAACAAAAGUUUUGAUGGUGGGUAAAUCUCUUUUCUUUAAAAAAAAAAACAGGUAACAACAAUAUUAUUAAUUGUUUGUAAUAUUAAUUUUCUAGCUAUUUUUAUUUAUUUGCUUUGCUGUCUUCCCACCAUUAUUUAAUUUUUUUUUUACUGACAUGAAUAUGUAUAUAUGAGAUCAUGUAGCUUCCAAACAAAAAUCCCUUGUUCUCGGGGUUAAUUGUAAUAUGACUACACUCAUAAUUUAAGAUCUAGUUUUUAUUAGUAUC